CCGUUGCGCUGUACGGUCGUGUUCGUAUCUCUAUCUAUCUAUCUCUCUCUCUCUCUCUCUCUCGCUUUACUUCGGUAAGAAGAAUCUUGUGUCAAAGAGACAGAUCACGAGCUGACUUCUCUCGAGCGUGUCAUCUUUUCCUCUCUUCCCGCUGAAGGAAUUAGCGAUUGUUCGCGCAUGAGUCGAUUGAACGCGCGCGAUCGCGCCACGCGACUAUUUCUUCUGUCUUGCGAGUUAAAAAAAAAAAAAAAAAAUAAAACGAGAGGGUGGUGAGUGUCUCCGCAAAGGGGAGACGACAGUUUAGUAUACGACAGUCCGUUCCGUUACUGUGGGAAACCAGCGUGACGUUCGCGUCUUCUUGGGCUAAGAAGCACGAAACGGUACUACGUGAAAUUAGCGUGGAAAGUGCGCUUGUACGCUCCGUUUCGUCUCGCUCAAAAGCGCCUGGACGGAAAGGGAGAGACGGCGAGAUAUAACAUUAAUCGCUGAGUGUAAAUACGAAACAUUUCUCCGCACGUGCCAACACUGUUGUGUGUACUUCAGAGUGAUCCGCGUCUUUUUGCUCGACACUGUCACCAACGUGUUCCUCUUGUAUACAGUUUCUGUGAUUUGACCGAUGUUCAGUACGGCCUCUCUCGCAAGAUUGAGCAAAUUUGUUUUCUCACAUUCUCGCGAUUUGUAAAUCUCCACGCGCGACAUCUCGUGAUAUCUCGCAUCGCGAGAUUAUUUCGCUCGCUUCGAAUCGCGCGUGUGGCGUCCGCGAAACGGAACAGACACACUGUGUGAAGGUUAAAUAAAGUGCGCUGACAGCUGCAGAUAGAAACGCUUCUUCUUCCCCGGAAAACAUGAACCCGACGAGAAUCCUGCCGCUGAUCGUCCUUCUGGGGAUCGCCAGCUGUCAAACUGAUUCCACAAGCGAGGUUCUUCAAGGUUACGACCCGCGGUUCAUGGUGGGUUGUUACUUCUCCGCGGAAUUCCAGGGCGAAUUCGUGACGCAGGUGAGCGGAAAGGGCGUCGGCGACAUGGCGAACGAGCCCAUUCAGUAUUCCACCAUCAACAUCACCUUCAACGCGAUACCGGUGUGGGGCUACUGCCACAAGAGGGUCGGCGAUAACGUGCUGCUGAUAGACAGAAACGGCGACAAAGACUGCAUCAGGUGUUUCCGGCUGAUGCGAAGGACGCGGAACGUUAUCGAGGUGUUCUCGGAAGCUCUCAACAAGUGUUACCUAUUCGAGUCGGCUGCCUUGGCCUCCUGCGACACACUGAACUCCACCUCGAUGCUGUACCGAACGAAAGAAAUUGGCGGUACGGCGAUCCGGAACGAGUACUGUCCUAUCGCCGGUCUGUAUCAUUUCAAAUACGACAUUAAAAAUGGAACCGACACGUCAGUCGAAUGCAACACGUUCUCCUCCGAGUACCACAAUUGUCCAGAUGGUUCAAUUUUAAAUUUCAAUUUUAAACGAUGCAACUUCGAAGCGAGCAAUCUCACAUACAAUUGUUUGGGCAGCUGGCCGGGUCCGAACGGUUCUAAUUAUAUUGUUCUUUGGGACAAAGACGCUGACGAUAGCAGACCUCAAUACAGAUGCGGACUAUUCCACGUUGAUAAUAAAACGGGAAAAACUUACAUGGCGCUCAGCAGUGACUCGAGUUGUACGCAGAAUUUAGAUAAUUCGUCCAGCGGAUACGAGACUUUUAUUCUGAGCAAAACCCCAAAUCAGAAGAGCGUGCCAGAUUACGUGCAGACUCACGUCGCGACAUUCCCGAAAUGGGCCCAAGGAUUGUGGGAGGAAUCUCUUAUAGUUAAUGGAACCAUGACUUUUACCGAUCUCAACGGUUACAAUAGUUACACCUUCAUCACGGUGGAAUCAAACUUCGAGACUGGCCGAUACAUAGUGUACUCCAGAGAUCAAUGCGAGCAGUCCGCUUUUGUGUGCUUACUGAUGAGGCAACGUAGCGAAAAUGUAUUGGAAUUUACAAUAGGAAUGGUCUUGAGUCCAAUAUAUCAACCCUUGUUGUGCGACGAUCGCAAUCUGGACGAACCGGUGUGGAUGACCCAAUCACGUAUCGAACGCCUGGUGGAGUCGCCCUGUCCAAUCACGGGUCAGUACAUGGGAAUGAUAACAGAUCUGUCGGGAAUGUGCGCGGAAUUGAGCAGCAACUGCAACACUCGCGAAAUAAUGUAUUUCAAAGUCAGCGAUUGCGAGUCCGGCGAGCUCUAUGAAGAACGCACGUAUCUUUGCCUGGGACAGUGGGAAGAAAAAGGCGUGAUGUAUACGUACACCAUGAGAAACGACACCGGUACGAACGAGUGCUUCGUAGGUUUGAUCGUUAACGACGAGGAGAUAUACAUCAAAGAAGCUGGCGAUCAUUGCAUACGUAACAUAGAUCCUAAAACGCAGGGCAUGCGUCUCUACAAAAAAGGACAAUGUUACGGCUGCUCGGCAAGUCCCGCGCCAAUUCCAAUGAAACCGAUUCCUCACAAUCCAAUAAUGAGGAUCUCGACCACUCCGCGACCAAAGACAGAUAACACUCGAGGGUCAGGAAGUGCGGUUUCCUCGUCAACACGUUGCAGAUCGAUCGAUCUUGUGCUUUCCGUCAUUGCGUUCGUCACGUUGCGCGUAACAUUUUUAUCGUACGCGCUCGAAUAAUGAUACCGUCAAUUGCGCUCGAUUAUAGUCUAGUAACUAUAUAGUUAAUGAACAAUACUGCCACUUUUUGGUGCGUAUAGUUUGCUGUAUUUUUGUUAUUUACAUCCGACAGAUGACGAAGACGUACGAAUAUUUAUUGCGAAAUCGCGCGUUUUAGAAAAAUAUUGUAGAAAUUUAUAGAAAACUAUACUGUAUUUUUUCAACUCGUAUGCUACUCCGCCCACGCCGCGUUGUACAAAACGAAUCUUCCAGAAGAAAAAGGAAAACAAGCAAACAAAUACGUAUUUACAAAAACUACUAUGGAGCUGUAUAUUAUAAACACUUGGCUGACGAGAUAAAGUUGUGAUUGCUUCGUAUGAUAAAAUAGAGAGAUAUUUAGUUUUUAUAAACGCGUUGUAUAAAACUCACACAGUCAUGUUUACACACUGCCUUGUGGGAUACAGAUAUUGACACACAAGACUGUUUAUAUACAUUACUACGGAAAUCCAAAGAACCGCUACUUUUACAUACCGAUUCUUCUAGUGACUUUUAUACACAACGAACACAUCACACAGAGAGACACGACAUAAAGAUAUAUAGAACGCUUAUUAUAUAACGACAGUUAUGUAAACUUAUUUAACUGUCGCGUUAAAUAAGUGUGUCUGUAUACUUUUUCUUAUUGCUCAGCAACGAGUUAUUUGCUGAUAAAAAAUCUCGAAGAAACUGACCGCAAUGUUAUUUUAUAAAUAAAAUUGUGUACAAAGUUUUAUUUUAUUUAAUAAAAAAUAAAAUAAAGUUUGUUUAAUACAUUUUAUUUAAUAAAAUAAAAUUUUUGAUAAAUUGUUUUGAUCUUAUUCUAAACGGACUCUUUAUCUCCACAAAGAUUUUAAUUUUUAAUCACUAAUACGUAUGUGUACGUACAUGCGUUUUUUUUUUAAUUCAAAAUAGGACUCAAGUGCCUCUCUGUUUAUAAGAUGAUAAUAUUUCUUAUGAUAGUACACAACAGCAGCAAGAUAUUCUUUUUUUUUUUUAAUACUUGUAGAACCGAAAAACAGCUGUGAGUACAUACAAUCUGAUUAGACGAAUAUUAUAAAUUACAUAUUUACAUAUGUAAGACUGACAUAACAUUAAUUUUUGUAAUAUGAUUUCUGUAUGAUCUGAUUUCUAAUUUCUUUUAUUUUUCAUUAAGAACAAAAGGUCUUUUUUAAUAUAAAAAAAACGUAUUUCUUUGCGAAAAAUACGUACAUAUCAAUAUAAAAAAAUUAGUGAUGAACUUCAUCAAUAAGGAAAUAAAAGUUUUGAUGUAUACAAGCGAGCUAAGAAAACACAUUUGUAACAAAUAUGUAAAAACAGUCUCAUUUUUUGUCAUUUUAGAAUUGUAACGUGUUGUGUACGUGUGAUUUUUACUGUGUUUAAUAGAUUAAUGUGCAAAAUGGAGAGAGAAAGAGAGAGAGAGUGAGAAAUGUAAUAUAAAGCCAUUUACAAACAAUGGAAAUGUACAUGUAAACUUGUUGAUUAUUUAAUAUUAAUAAUGGAAUAACAUAUUUACUACGUUUUCUUAACUAUGUGUGAAAAACUUGUACAGAAAAACUUUAUAAUUACCUAUAUAUACACUUGCAUUAAAAGCACAUGAUUUUACAUCUAUAUAUAAUUUUUUUUAUAUUUAUAUAAGUCGUAUUCAGUCCUACAAGUAAAGACGAAUAAUUGUAUAAAAACUAAUAAGCAAUAAUAAAAUAUGUAGU